AUGGCGCUGCUAGCCGAGCACCUGCUGGAGCCGGUGCCGGAGGACAAGCAGAUCGAGACGGGGCCCUUCUUGGACGCCGCGGCUCACCUGCCGCCUUUCUUAGAUUGCUAUGGCUCACUCGUGUUCACCCCGAUCAAAGCAGAAAUCAGCAGGAACAUCAAGACAAUCCGGGCUGUUUACGAUACAGACCCUUCCAAGUUCCGAACCCUGCAAAACAUCUUAGAAGUCGAGAAGGAGAUGUAUGGGCCCGAAUGGCCAAAUGUUGGGGCCACGUGGGCAUUGAUGUGGUUGAAAAGAACCCUGAGGUUCAUGCAGGUGCUGCUACAGAGCAUCUGUGACAGGGAGCGCAACGAGAGACGGCCUGACCUCAUCCUAGUCAACGUGACCAAAGCCUACGACAUGGUACUGAAGAAGUACCACAGCUUGCUGACGCAGAUGAUCUUUCAAGGAGCCCUGUACGCUGCCCCGUACAAAUCUGACUUCCUCAAGGCCCUCUCCAAAGGACAGGACAUCCCGGAAGAUCAGUAUUUGGAAAAGGUCCGCCUGUUUCUGGUGAAUUUCACGGUCACCAUCGACAUCAUUUAUGAAAUGUACACCAGGAUGAAUGCUGAGCUCGAUUACAAGGUGUAGCCUCCGCCCGGGGCUCCCCUGCCCAGGCACCAUCCUGAGCCACCGCUCUCUAAAAGCACCCAAAUCACUGUGAAAUGAAUUCUAGGACUGCUGUCUCUCAGUG